AUGGCCAACGUCGUGGCUGGGGGCCUCCACAAGGUCCAAGAAGCAGUACAGGGCGCUGCUUCAAAGGAUAAGAAGCUAGUUGACCUAGCACCCGACACCCAUGAUGUACAGUCCAGCAAGGAGCCACUGACCACCGAUCAUGGCGUGCGCAUCAGCGAUACAGACCACUGGCUGAAGGAGGUGAAUGAUAACCACACCGGACCGAUGAUGCUUGAGGACCAGAUUGCACGAGAGAAGAUUCAUCGCUUCGAUCAUGAGCGCAUUCCCGAGAGAGUCGUCCAUGCGCGUGGCACCGCUGCAUUCGGAAACUUCAAGCUCCACGAGAGCGCUGAAGAUGUAUCUUACGCGGGUAUCUUGACGGAUACCUCCCGGAACACUCCAGUGUUCCUUCGUUUCUCCACGGUCCAAGGCAGUAAAGGAAGUGCCGACACGGUUCGCGACGUUCGUGGGUUUGCCGUGAAAUUUUACACGGACGAGGGAAACUGGGAUCUGGUUGGAAACAACAUCCCCGUCUUCUUCAUCCAAGAUGCGAUCAAGUUCCCAGAUUUCGUCCAUGCCGUCAAGCCCGAGCCGCAUAACGAAGUGCCUCAGGCCCAAACUGCUCAUAACAACUUCUGGGACUUUGUCUAUCUUCACCCGGAAGCCACCCAUAUGUUCAUGUGGGCCAUGUCUGACCGGGCCAUUCCUCGGUCAUACCGUAUGAUGCAGGGUUUCGGAGUCAAUACAUUUAGUCUCGUCAAUAAGGAAGGAAAGCGCCAUUUCGUUAAAUUCCACUUCAUCCCCCACUUGGGAGUGCACUCAUUGGUGUGGGAUGAAGCCCUGAAACUGGCCGGCCAGGAUCCCGAUUUCCAUCGCAAGGACCUCAUGGAGGCCAUUGAUAACGGUGCAUACCCGAAAUGGGACUUCGCUAUCCAGGUCAUCCCCGAGGAGAAACAGGACGAGUUCGAGUUUGACAUCUUCGACGCGACAAAGAUCUGGCCCGAGGAACUCGUGCCCUUGCGCGUGAUUGGCGAACUAGAACUGAACCGCAACGUCGACGAGUUCUUCCCUCAAACCGAACAAGUCGCAUUCUGCACCAGCCACAUCGUCCCCGGCAUUGACUUCAGUGACGACCCGCUCCUCCAGGGCCGGAACUUCUCCUACUUCGACACCCAGAUCAGUCGGCUAGGCAUCAACUGGGAAGAGAUCCCCAUUAACCGCCCCGUCUGCCCCGUCCUGAACCACAACCGAGACGGCGCCAAACGCCACCGCAUCGCCCAGGGCACCGUCAACUACUGGCCGAACCGGUUCGAGGCCGGACGACCUGCACCGGUAGAACAAGGUGGCUUCGCGUCCUACCCCGCGAAACUGAACGGUAUUAAGAAGCGUGGCCUGAGCCCCAAGUUCCGCGAGCACCACAACCAGGCUCAGCUCUUCUACAACUCCCUCUCUGAGCACGAGAAGGUCCACGUCAAGAAAGCCUUCGGCUUCGAACUGGACCAUUGCGACGACCCCAUCGUCUACGAGCGUCUCGCCGGCCACCGUCUCGCCGAGAUCGAUCUCACCCUCGCCCAGCAAGUCGCCGAGCUCGUCGGCGCCCCCAUUCCGGACAAGGCGCUCCGCCCGAACCAUGGAAAGCGCAGCAAGCACCUCUCGCAGACCGAGUUCCCGGGUAAGCAGCCGACGAUCGCCAGUCGCCGGAUUGCCAUCAUUAUCGGCGACGGCUACGACCCCGUCGCCUUCAACGGUCUAAAGGGCGCUAUCAAGGCGGCUGGAGCCUUGCCGUUCGUCAUUGGUACCAAACGGUCGCCUAUCUAUGCCGAUGGCGAGGACAAGUCGUCUUCCAAGGGCGUGAUCGCCGACCACCAGUAUGAUGGACAGCGUUCGACGAUGUUCGAUGCUACCUUCAUCCCUGGCGGCCCUCACAUCGAAAGUCUCAAGGCCAAUGGCCAGAUCCGGUACUGGCUCAUCGAGACAUUCGGUCACCUCAAGGCUCUGGGCGCCACUGGUGAAGCGGCGGCUUUCAUCAAGGAGGCACUGAGACCCUCGCUUGAUGUGAAAGUCGCUACGCCCGACAAUCCGCAACCUGUUGAGUGGUAUGGUAUUGUCACGGCUGGUAAGAUCCAGAAACCUGAGACCUUCAAAGAAGGCAUCCAGAUUGUCAGGGAUGCGAAGGAUUUCAUUAGCACUUUCUUCUACCAGAUCAGUCAGCACCGGAACUACAAGCGUGAACUGGAUGGUCUCGCCUCGACGGUUGCCUUCUAA